AACAAAAAUUUCUACGAGUCUCUCUAGUAAAAGUGAGAGCAUGUAUGGUUUCUGAAACACAUGCCGUUCUAUGCUGACUUCUGGAAAGAUGCGAUGAAAAUGAGCUGAUUACAGUUUUUCUUCUUUCUAUUCCUGCAAUGAGGGAGAAGAGUUGGCACUCUACUUGUUAUGGUCAUCGCAUCUUGACCGCUAUUAUUGUCAUUGGAUUGCUGGACAUUUCGUGGAUGGCGCACGCGGCGAGUCUCCGAUGUUGCAGUCAUGCAAAUGGCUCCUGUAGAUCCGCUUGUGAACAAAUAUCAUUAGUAGCUCUAGCAACUGAUCAAAGAGAACUCGAAAUUAACCUUCAAAAGUUAAAUGAUUUGUGCCCAAAAUCUCCAAUGCUUGCUUUCUGGAACUGUAUGAACGAGAGUUUAGCGGAAAUUGAUAAGGGAAGCGGUUGGAUCGGCAGACCAUGUUGUGGUAUUCCUCAAUCUGAGAAGUGCAAAUUAGCCUGUUUACAGGCCCAGUCUGUUUUAGAUCUUACUAUAGCUUGCCGUAAAAGUGAUGAAAUAGCUUUUUACACUUGCAUUGAAAAACAAGAAGCUGGUGAGAGAUGUUGCAAGAAUGCUCAAACGGAAAACUGCUUAGAAGCUUGCAAGAAUGUCUUCUCUGAUGCCUUCACUCCAACCAAAGUCGUAAGAGACGCUUACCACAAACACUGUUCAGAAGGUAAUCCUCGUAUACAGCAGUGCAUCCACACAUACAUCAGCGUCACUCCAGCAGACAAUCCAUUCAAAAACAUGCAUUGUUGUGAAAAAUCUCCUAAUUUGCGAUGUCGGACUGUGUGUAAAGAAGCACUAAGAACUGAAACAACCGAUCAAGAUAUCAUUGAUGUCCUCAGUAGGAGUGAAUGUGGAAAUCCACUUCCACAAGAUAGGUUAUGGCAAUGUUUCCUAAUCAAUUCAGCAGCCAAUGAACCUGGAGGUUCACUUAUUCAAUCAGAAAAAGUCGGAAUGGACAGUGCAAAGUUGCAGUGUUGUUUUCGAGCUGCCACAGUCAACUGCCAAAGACUUUGCAUUGAGACUUUCAGUAAUCAGUGGACAAGCAGUUGGAGUGAUUUUGACCGCAUUUGUCAGUAUCAAUUGGCUGAGUCCGAAAUGAUAAGAUGCUUGACUGAAGUGGAUGAGCCAUGUGAGCUCGGUUGUGAAGGAAUGAAAUAUUGCACAAAUUUUAACUUUCGUCCCACUGAAUUGUUCAGAAGUUGCGAUCAGCGUGCAGAUAAGGCGGCUCAACAUGACAUAGAGCACUGGGAAAAUGGAAUUAUACACCUGCCCAUGAUGGAAAUACCAGUCCUGAAAAUUUCUCGUUGCCAUUCUGAAGUGUGGAAAGCCAUUGCAUGUGCCUUGCAAAUAAAACCUUGUCACCCUAUAGCUCACAUCAACAGGAUAUGCAAGGCUGACUGCAUAGAUAUACUUAACAGCUGUGUGGACAGAAGUCGUCUACUCCACAACCAGAAUCCGGUCACCCUCUGUGAGAUAUUAUCGCCUCCUGGAAAUGAUACUCCUUGCAUAUCUCUUUCACCCUACCUCGUUGAGAGUAAACAUACUCAAACAUCUACGGAAGUUAGUCAUCCAUGUAAGCCAAAUCAAUGUAGUCCAAAUGGUGUUUGUAUGGUAGAAAGGAAUUGCCGUAUUGGACAACCCUGCCGUUCAUAUGCGUGUGUUCCUGGUUGCCGCAUGGGUGACAUGUCACAGCUCAUCGUACCUAGAAGUUCAUAUGUCAGAGUUCCCAGCAAUACUCAUGGACCUCGUUGCCACAUGGUUUGCUAUUGUAAUCAGGAUAAUCUUUUGGAAGAUUGUAUGACACAACCCUGUUUAAGCACAGAGCAUUGUUGGCAUGAGGGAAGGAGAUAUAAUCAUAAUACACAAUUCAAAGCCGGCUGUAAAACUUGCUUUUGCUAUGAUGGUGAAGUUACCUGUUCCCCUCAGAUAUGCAGCACUGGUCUACCAUGUAACUGCCAAGAUCAUUAUGUUCCAGUUUGUGGAGCCAAUGGCAAAACUUAUCCAAGUGCAUGUCUGGCAAGGUGUGUUGGACUUACUGACGACCAGUUUGAGUUUGGUGCUUGUUAUGAUUCUGACCCAUGCAGUCCUAAUUCCUGCCAUCCUUACCAUAGGUGUGUUCCUAAGAAACGAGUUUGCUUGAGUAUUAGACACCGAAGUUGCAAGCAGUAUGAUUGUGUGAACAUGCAACACAAUUGCAACCAAUUACCAAAGUUCCCUGUGUGUGAUACAGAUAAUGUGGAGCAUCCUAAUAUAUGUUGGAUGUUACAAAGAAGAAAGUUACUUGCAUAUUAUGGGAAAUGCAUGUCGCAUUGUCGGGGAACAGGUUUGGUGUGUGGUCACAAUGGGGAAACCUAUGCCAGUGAAUGUGCAGCCUGGGCUGAAAGAGUUUCUGUUGAUUAUAAAGGAGCCUGUGCUGCAGUUGGUUCUAAAGAUGGAAAAUAUUCUCGUUGUGGUGGUAUUAAAUGUCCACCUUUGCCUUCAGAAGAUUGUACCAAAGUUUUUCCUCCUGGUGGUUGCUGUCCAAUAUGUGGUGCAGCACUCAGAUUGCUCUACAGUCAAAAAUUAUCAGAUGCUUCUGUAGAAGCUAUUCGAGAUGUGGACCCUGUUGUAAUUCAAACAAUUGCAGAAAAAAUAAGAGAACAUGUUAAAGUCACAGAAUGUGAAGUGUUUGCAUAUUUGAGCUUAGAAUCCGACAUCAUAGUCCUAGUCAUGGCUAUUACUGAUAGCCCAACAAAACUACAAGUUGAAGCAUGUGUGCGUGAAGCUGAGAAGCUUCAAGCUUUAAUUCAGCAACACAGCCCAACACUACUGACAGAGCUGCCAUUGUCGUUUUUCACGACAGCCAUGAUGCUAGAUCCAGUCACAGACAGUGCAAUACAGUUGACUUUUAAUCAAACUUACUUAUUAGUUUUUCUAUUAAUUACAGUGAUUACAUAUCACAUACAAAGGACUUGAAAAAGUAUGAAUUCUUUUUUCUUUUAAUUGCUCAUGCCAAAACAAACUUCUGUACAUAUGUAUAUAAAAGUUGAGAGUGUAAAUACUUAUUUGAUGACGUGUGUUCCUAUUAUACAUAAAAUUUUGUAAACAAAAUGAAUUGUGAUAUGAAUAAAUUAUUUUUACGACUGUUUGAAA